CAGUGUUGUCUUAUGCUUUCAGUGGCUGUGUGCGGUUCUCCCACUGUAGUCAAGCUCGGUCGCUAUGCUGCGGCUGGAAUGGAUGGAUCACGUCAUACAGUCUCGUUCAUGGUUGUGCUGCGUCAUAUCUCUGUAGCGCUCAGCGCUGCGAUGGCUGCGGUGGGAACCGCGCUGUUCCUCACCCUCAAUCUCUUCUACAAGAGGCGAAUGUGGACCGUGGAGUCAGAGUACUACACCAUCAGAGAGGAGCAGGAGGAGCGCAGUGAGAAGCAGGUGCUUGUUCUCGGUUUGGAUGGUGCUGGUAAGAGCAGUGUUCUGCAGGGGCUGAGUGGAGCGAGUAGGUGCUGCCGACCCACGCGAGGCUUUAACUUCAUUAGCCUACACACACCUGCGUGCCAGCUGGACUUUCUGGAAAUUGGAGGUGGCGAGGACUUGCGAAAGUACUGGGAGGAGUACCUAAGGAGAACGCACAUCUUAGUGUACGUGGUAGACUCCUCUGAUAGAGGUCGACUCCCUCAGGCCAAAGACGAGCUCCAUCGAUUAUUGAAAGCAGGCAUGGAUCUUCCGGUGGUGGUGCUGGGAAACAAGCAGGACAAACCCAACGCUUUCAGCGUCCCGGAGCUUCAUGAGGCUCUGUCUCUUAGCGCAGUGGACGAUCAGAGGAAGAUCUUCCUGCUGGGAUCUGAUGGACUUAGCAGAACCAGCGGUCUCCAAACGUUACAGGAUCUGCUUCUGACAUUGGUGUAAAGCCAAGCAACCGUGUAAGGGUUCAUUAGGAAGGGGACCUUCAUUACCGAGCAUUCAAGGUAGCGCUUUUGCCUCAUACGAAGAGGCACUGUCAUGACAUGUAACAUCAUCGAGGAGUUGAGAAAGUAUUUCAUAUCACAAGCACUGUGCUGCGGGCAUUAUUGCUGCUAGAUAGUGUCCAAUAGCUUAUUAUGAUUGUUGUUUACAUCAUUUUAAUCAGUAUUAUAGAGUAUACAUAUUAUGAUCACUUACCUCUGUAUGUAGAAUAUGUAUUUUAUGAAACGAAGUCAUUUAGUGUAUUACAGUUAGUUGUUCUUGUGUUUGCAGUUGGGUGUACCUGACAAAAGCUGAAAUGAUAGAAAUUGCAAGGAAUGUUUAAUAAUAUACAGGGACAAAAUCAAUCAUUUUGUAUAAAGAUUUGUUAUUCAGUGCAAAAAAAGAUCUACGUUGUUAUAAUGUACUUUGUCUAAAUUGCAGGU